GGGAGGAGGGAGUCCACCUCAAAAACUCUCACUGGAGCCUCCAAACUAGCUGUCUCAAUUCAGACACUACCCACCAGUUAUGUAGUCUGCCCAACCUGUCCCGCAAACCGAAGAGAAGCCGGAUAUUUCACUGACUUACAUCAGCUAACCAGGAUACUUUGACUUCACGGCUCUGUUGAACAUUUGCGCCCCGCAGCAACAACAACAACCGCUGGCUAACAAGCUAACCGCGGUUAGCAUUAGCUUCCAGCCGCCGCACAGCUGUCAUCCCGGAAGGCCGCCGCCGCCGCCGCCUCGCCGGGUGGGGAUUUAACUUUCUCUCUCCGUCUCUGGACAACACAAAGUCGCUAGCAAAUGAUAAAUAGCCAUUUAUCAUAUAUCGGUAAGAAUGGAGUCCUCUUUGGGGAUAUGCGGCGAGGAGUGCUUGGCAACUGUGAGAGGUCAGGAGCUGAGGGCUGGCCAGAAGGAGCCCAGACUACUGUCACUAAUUGAGCGCAGUGGAGAGUUUAUAUUGGGUGUUUUGGCCACCCCUGACGCUGUUGUGUCUCGUCCAGUGGCUCAGCUGAAUAUACCCAUCAAUGGUAAAUUUGAAAUUGUGCGAGAGGCCGAAGAGGCUCUUCUUAUUAACUUCUCAGUCAAUUCCUGCGUUAGGAUACGAAUCAAAGGGGAAAAAGCCCCAGAGCUGCUGUUAGAACUCCAGGAUGAUGAUCGGACGCAGACUUUCUUAGCGCAGGUGAAGAGCGCUCAGCAACAAGUUGAAUCCAAACUCACCAAAGCGAUGGAGCCGCUUGCACCAACAGCCGUGAGAGGUCCCGUCCCCAUCCCUCCGCAAAGAGCAAACAAGACGGCUAACUCUGUGAGCUCUGGAGUCAACCCACCCAAAUCUACCACAGCACUGCCUCCCAAUCUCAACAACAGCAGGUCAACAAAUCAGACAAACACAGAUCCAGUUCAAUCACUUGCCUCAGACUUCGGAUUCGAGGACAACUUCAACCACACUCUCAAAGUGGAGGAAAAGAAGAACCACCAGAAUCGCAUAGUUGCUGCGAGAGAGCCUCCUCCUCCUCCUCAGCCCCCGCUACCUCCUCGCAAAGCCUCCUACACUCCAUCCAAUCCUCUGCCUCCUCCACCGGUCCCUAAAGACAGAGCUGUCUCCCUUCAGACCAAAGACAACUCCAGACCAGAUAGUUUUAGGUCUGGGUUUGACCGAGUGGACAGGCCGACGUCUUGGUGCGAAAGCCCCACCACCAACACCAUGAGACAGGCCAUGUUCUCCAGUCAGGCAGGACAAAGAGAAUACCUCAUCAAACACCGCCUGGGUAAGAAGGAGAACGAGUACGUGGACAUCCAAAACUUCAAGUUUUUCACGGGUACGUGGAACGUGAACGGCCAGUCUCCAGACAGCAGCCUCGAGCCGUGGCUCUGCUGUGACACAGAACCUCCUGAUCUUUAUGCUCUGGGUUUUCAAGAACUGGACCUGAGCACUGAAGCUUUCUUCUACAUGGACUCGUCCAAGGAGCAGCUGUGGGUGGAAGCUGUGGAGAGGAGCUUACACCCGAAAGCCAAGUACAAGAGGGUUCGCAUCAUCCGUCUGGUUGGGAUGAUGCUUGUGGUGUAUGUCAAAAAGACUCACAAGAAUCACAUAAAAGAAAUAGCAGCAGAGCAUGUGGGGACGGGAAUCAUGGGAAAAAUGGGAAACAAAGGAGGCGUGGCAGUGCGGUUUGUUUUCCACAACACUAGUUUCUGUAUUGUCAACUCCCAUCUAGCAGCACAUGUGGAAGACUUUGAGCGCCGCAACCAGGACUACAAAGAUAUCUGCGCCCGCAUGACCUUCCACUUACUGGACUACCCCCCUCUCACUAUUGUCAAGCAUGAUGUGGUCAUCUGGCUCGGGGAUUUAAACUAUCGUCUGUUCCUUUACGAUGCUGCUGAGGUCAAACAGCACAUUUCUCAGAAUGAGCUGAAAAAGCUUCAGGAGGUUGAUCAGCUGAACAUUCAGCGGCAGACGAAGAGAGCGUUCACAGACUUCAUGGAGGGAGACAUCAACUUCAUUCCCACCUACAAGUAUGACCCUAAAACCGACCGAUGGGACUCAAGCGGGAAGUGCCGUGUCCCGGCUUGGUGUGACAGGAUCCUGUGGAGGGGCAACAAUGUCAAGCAGCACAAAUACCGGAGUCACAUGGAGCUGCAAACGAGUGACCAUAAGCCGGUCAGCGCUCUCUUCAGUGUCGGGGUUAAAGUGGUAAAUGAGCAGCGCCACAAAAAGGUGUUUGAGGAGAUUGUUCGGGCGAUGGACAGAAUGGAGAACGAUUUCCUCCCGUCUGUAACUCUGAGCAGGAGAGAGUUUACAUUUGAGAAUGUGAAAUUCCGGCAGCUUCAGAAGGAGCGUUUCCUAAUAACAAAUGACGGGCAGGUCCCCUGUCACUUUGCCUUCAUCCCCAAACUCAAUGACUCGCAGUAUUGUAAGCCUUGGCUUCGUGCCGAGCCAAGCGAUGGAUUCUUAGAACCAAAUGAGACCCUGGAAAUCUAUCUGGAGGUCUACGUCAGUAAAGACUCUGUUACGCUACUGAACUCCGGAGAAGACGCCAUAGAGGAUAUUCUGGUGCUCCAUCUGGACCGCGGCAAGGACUACUUCAUCACCAUCUCUGGCAACUACCUGCCCAGCUGCUUCGGCACCUCUCUGGAGACCCUGUGCCGCAUGAAGAAGCCCAUCAGAGAGAUCCCCAUCACCAAACUGAUUGACCUGGAAAAGUCAAAGGUGAGCUUCCUGAUGGUGGAUGGUGCGAGUACCGAGGACAAACCUCUGAAGAUCCCCAAAGAAGUUUGGAUUCUUGUCAACCAUCUCUUCACCAAGUCCUGUGAUCAGGAGGACUUGUUCCAGACACCAGGCCUGCAAGAGGAGCUGCAGAGCAUCAUCGACUGUCUGGACACGAGCAUCCCAGACUCCAUCUCUGGUUGUAAUCACUCUGUAGCCGAGGCUCUGCUGAUCUUCCUGGAGGCCUUACCGGAGCCCGUGGUCUGUUAUGAACUCUACCAACGGUGCCUCGACUGCGCUCAUGACAGCCGCCUCUGCAAACAGCUGAUCUCCCAGUUGCCCCGGGCUCAUCGCAACGUGUUUCGCUACUUAAUGGCCUUCCUGAAGGAACUUCUCAAGCACUCACACAACAACAAUCUGACAGCCAGCCUCAUAGCUACACUCUUUGCCAGCCUCCUUAUCCGACCGCCUCCCAACCUGAUGGCCAGGCAAACGCCACACGACCGGCAGAAAGCCAUCGACUUCAUCCUUGGUUUCCUCAUGGCCGGAGACGAGGAGUAACCGAAUCAGUGGUACCUUACAACAUCAGCCAGGUUCGGAGUUGAUUCCCAACCUGGCUCACUGCCGGCAGAGGACCUGGACCUGAGACACUGUGUGGUAUUUUGUCAUCUAUUGGAGACCAGUGCAGCUGUUUGCACCCCACCUUUCACAAACUCUCGUGUUAGAGGAAUUGAAGACGUUCAGUAGAAGUGUGAUGAAUUUACCAAGUGUCAUAUCCUCAGUUCAUUCACAGUAUGACGGCUCGCUGGAUUUGGGAGCACUUUGGAGAGGUUUGAACUGAUGCCUACGCACUUUCUGAUGACCUGAAGGCCCCGUGGCUCCAGACUCGUCCUCAGCUGACACUUCUUGUUGUAGGUGCUUAUGCCAAAAUAGCCCCUGAACAGUGAGUGGUAUGAAUGUGAAAACACUAUGUAUCCAUAGAUGCGAAGCGAAAAAGACUCAAUUACACUAAAGAAAAGGAAAUUCCUGAAGUUUUAAGAUGUAGACUGAAACAAGUAUAAAGCAUUAAAUAGUUUGAAAUGGGAUAAUUGUGGGAAAAGUAUCACUAAGAAUGUUUAAGAUAAAUCAUGACAAUCAUCCAUUUUAUCUGAGGGGACAAUAUUAUAGAUAUCUUAAAGAACUAUUUGCUACCAUACUCAUUGUAUUUUAAUUGUUAUUUAUAUGUUUUCUUCCAAGUUUGCACCAUGUGAACUGAUUCUGGUUCUGACUACAGUAUGGUUUAUUUUCAGCUCCACUUUGGUUUAAAAUAUUCAUCGCUUGUUUUAUCAUCCUGUUAUAGAGACUCUGUGUCGUGAUGAAUGUGUGCUGUUUUUAUGUGACUCCAGCCGUGAGCCUUACAUCUCGUUUUGCCAGUUCCUCUUGAGUUACAAAACAAGUCUUUUAACACACUAACUUCCUGGUCAACCGGAAUCAAGUGAAGAGUCACCCUCUGUGGUUCUCGAUGUCUUAACUGGUGUAAAUAGUGAUUGUUUCCCUGUUUCAUGGGUGUUUGAGUGUCGGUACGGUGUUGCAAAUCUGUGACGGUGUUUCCUUUUUGUCAUGAAGGUGGUACUGUUAAUGUCUGUGUUUGUUUACAUGUCUCUUUCCUCGCUUCUGCCGCAUCUUAAAGCUCUUAUUUUUUCAUUGUUUUAGGCCUGUGUGUUGCCAAGACACAGCCGCUGCGUUCCUCGUGGUAAAUCCAGACGAGCAGUACUUUUUUUAAGCGAUGCAGCACUUUCUGGGUGCAGGAUUUAGUGGCUCAUUACUCUGCAGGAUACAGCUUGUCUUUGUGCACCUUUCUCAUUUGUGCCACUGAGGACUUUUUUUCUGUACUCACUGUUGCAAAACAUGUCACAGUUAUUGAAAUAAGGAACUUCUCUGCUGUGUAUAAUGAGCAGUUGUUUCCUCUUUUACAGUUUUACUCAAGAGAUGUCAGCACUAGCUUUCCCAGUCGACCAAAAUACUCACAUUUAUGACAAUAAUUUCCCUUCGCUCCUGUAAUGUAGUGAUGCCAGAAAAAGCUGAUGUUUGCGGGAGGAUUUAUUGUUUGGAGACAAUGUGGUAACACUGACAAUCAUGGCACUUACGGAAAUGCCUGUUGGGCUCAAGUUCCUCAGUUCUUAAGUAGUUUCUUUCGCCUUAUUGCCAUCAAUACACUAAAUUCCUCUUUUGGGCUCAAUCAAGCCGAGCUUUGCCAAAAGGUGGCACUGAUCUGAAAGAACAGUUCCAGGAUGUUCAGAUUUGGGAAAGCAUGUAACACCCGAUAAUGUAAUAAUUCCCUAAAAAUGUAAUAAAGCCUGAAAAUGCAAUAAAAUUUGCACGUAACUCGAUUGAAAAUGUAAUAAAACCCAGUAAUGUAAUAACUUUAUAAUGUAAUAAAAUAUUGUGACUGAUAAUGUAAUAACAUUACAAAAGAACUAAUGCUGCUCACAUAUCUGACCCCAACCUAAAGCACAUAUUAAAGCUGUAUUGGUGUAACCACAGGUAGCCAAAAAUAGACCUCUACUUAAUAGUAAAUGGUAAAUGCUAAUAGUAAAUAGUAGCAAAAGUAAAUAGUAAAUAAUAAUAAUAAAUAAAUGAUUUUCUUCUGUACAACCAAACUUCCCUAUACCCACUUUCUGCUUGUUGUUACCCUCCCAAACUAUUAAGGGAAUUCAUUUUAUCUGGAAUUUAUUAGGUUUAUAGUUGUUUGUAAACUCCUAUCUACCAGGGGGAUCAAAUAAAGAUUUCAGUUUAUAGCAUCUUUGCCUGAUAUCAACACAUCACUUGCCAUCUGCUGUAGAAAUCAUAUAAAAACAUAAAGCGUAGCGUUUACAUUUCUAAAACAUGAAAUGGUUUUGUUUUCAGUGGGCUAACGUGACACUAACAGCAUUAGAAAUUGUGUGCACUGGCGCACUUUACAUAAACAAAACAAAAAAGAGCUAUUUUAUUGAUUUCUUACAUUAUUUGCUAAAGUUAUUGUACCAUCAGUUUUUAAAAGCAACAACAAAAAAAAAGAUCCAACAUGUUAGGUUUUAAGAUUAUCAAUAAAAAUAUUAUUACAGUAUCACUCAGGACAUUUAACUACAUUAUUGGUCAAAUUAUUACAUUAUUGGGUUUUAUUAUAUUUUCAUCAAGUUAAGAGCAAUUUUUUGUUAUAUUUUCAGUAAAUUAAUAUAUUAUUGAGUGCUACAGAGCCGUUUCUCUGCUCAAGAGCUAUUUAUUCAUUCUCCGUGUCUCUUGGAAUACUAUCCUCAUCAUGUCAAAUACGCAAUCAGUAUAAUCAAUAACGUCUGAUUUUAGGUGUUUUCUGCCACUGUACCAGCUGAUGUAUCUGUGGAUUCAUUGUGCUUCUUGUCUUCAGUUUUGUCACAAUCUGUUCAUAAACUUGAGGUUUGUUUAAAGGUACACAAGGAAACACUCGCACCUGUUUUCAACUUUUCAGAUUUUUGGUGCUUUUAAUUUAUUUAACAGAAAUAAAACUAUGUACAAAGCUG